AAAAUAGCAAGAAACCAAGAAAAAGGCGAGAAAUUGACAUGAGUGGCAAGAAAGAAAGCAAAAAAAUAGUAUAGGAAUUCCUUUGAAAAACAAAAAUUUUCAAAGAAUCCAAAAAAUCUCUGAAAAAUUGAAGUUAUUCCACCAAUUUUGAAAAGUGUUGAUCAGAAAAAUCGAAUCCUUUCAUUAAAAUUGAUGUUGUUCUACAUUUCAAAUUACAAAUUUUCUAAAGCUUAUGCCCUCGCUUCGCUCGGGCUGUUCAAAAUGCUACUUUCAACUGUUUUAAGAAUUCAAAAAUCGAGUAGGAAAAUUCCAAAAAUACUCGUAAUACCCAAACUGUUUGAAAAAUGCGAAUUUUUCAUUUUUUCUGAACAGAACCACCAACUUUUCAAAGUUUUUGAUCCUAUUAUGCUCAGGUGAAAAUGUAAAAUGAAAACAUUCGUACUUACAAAAUAGUAGUUUUUUCGUUUUUUGGACCAAUUUUUUCAACAAAUUUUUUGCUCAUUCUCCGCUCGAGCAGUAAUUUUGCCUUUGUUUCGAUCAAAUAAUAAAUUAUUAAGAAGGGGUUUCGAAAAUAAUUUGGUGUGGGUACUUCGAUUUUAUUUUUCAAAAAUUCAAAUUAUGUACAGGGGGGAUGAAAAUUAGGGACUUGCAACUUCAAUUUAGCGUCCCCCUCAGAAAAGAAAUACAAAAAAAGGUCUGGAUGUUACUAUUAGUUGUUAGUUUCAUGAAAAUAUUUCAAAUAGAAAAAUAAUUUCAAAGUUUUUUGCCGCAUACAUUUUUAGAUUGAAAUUUUAUCAGUUCAUAGCAAAUAAAAUGAAUUGUGUUGGUUGAUAUUGGGUCUAAACGUCUAGAAAUCGGUAAUUUAAAGGUCAUUUUUUAGUCAUUUUUUUGGUGAAAAAAGGUCCUUAAAGUCCUUUUUUAUUUUCAAAAUUCUAUUUCGAUGCCUGAUCAAAUGACACAAAUUUAGUAAAGAUCGAAUGUUUUACGGGAGUUUGGAAGAAUGAAUUUGGCAAAAAUUCUUCCAAACUCCCGUACUUACUACUCAAACCCAUGUUUCAAGUACAUGAAUUGAGCCUGUUUUGCGGAAAACACAUCAUCUGUACUAGAAGGCUUCCGUAUCUCUCAUACAUGGCCCUCGGAGCCUCGUGUAUAAGGAAAGGCCUAUGGUUUUCACAGCAUGAGCUGACGUUUGUCAUAGACUCAUCUCAAUCCGAGAAAUGUACCCAUAUACGUGUCAAAAAUUCUCGCUCUCCUGGUAGGGGGGGGGGUGGUCCAAAAAUAGAAAGAUUUUAUUAUUAAAAGAAAUUAAUUGCAUGCCCUAAUCACUUAAAAUUAUAUAAAUUACAUGCACAAAUUGUAAACUUACAAUUAUAAAAACUCUCAGGAUUGAGGUAAUCAUACAAAUCGGUUUUAAAUCUUGAUACCUAAUAUUAAUAAAAAAAGAAGAAACACAGAACGUAAUUAUAAAAUUAUAUAAAAACAAAACAAAAAUAAAUUUACUUACUAGAGGAAUAGCAUUUGAGGGGAGGAGGUAAGAUGGAUUAUAUAAGCGAAUAUUUGAAAAACUAGAAACAUCGGGUGACUGAAAAAUAUCAAGUAGAUAUUGCUCCGUUUCCUGCAUCAAUUACCUAGGGAAGAAUCCUAUAAGAAAAUACAGACAUUCGUAUAUAGAAAUAAAUACCGUACUGAUGUGAAACUUAUGAAAUUGUUCUGAAACGAAACACUUACGUGAUGUUUUCUAACGUCUGACGAUCAUUCUUCUGUUUAAGGGUUGCUUUGUUGCUUUUUUUGGUGUAGAAACAGCUUAAAAUUAAUUUUCCAAAAAUGUUUUCAAAUUUCAAUUUUUUUUUGAAAAAAGUAAUCAAUUUUUUAAAAAAAUGAUGUUGUGGAUGGUCCACAAUGGAAUACUUACUCGUACGUACAUGGUGCCUUCCAUGGUUGUUUUGGGCGUCAUUUGUAGACCAACGUUGAUAUGGUUUUGCUGAUUCCUGCAAAAAAAAAAUUUAUAUUCAUGAAAUCAGAAAUAAAGGUAGCAAAUAAAUGAAUCUAAUAAUAAUAAAAUAAUAGUAAAAAAAAUAGGAUGAGGGGAUCGUCGAUUAAUCUAAUUCCAUCCAUCCAUCGGCUCUUCAAGCUCAUAAUUUUCUUCGUAUAGCCUCCUCUGUUGGUUGUAUUCUUCGAAUGACUGACGCCGUAGGGUCGUCAGGUCAUAUUUAUUCAUCCAACGGUAAGAAAUCUGAAGCCUGAAAAUUUAUUUUUUAAUUUUUCCGGCCUUUUUGGGGUCGGUAAAUUAAUUAGCUCCUUAAUAAUUUGGUUUUUAGCUUCCUCUACACGAAGCGUAUCGGAUAUCCGAUAUCACUUGGAUUAGUUAAACGUUGUAUAUUUUUUCCUUUUGUCAGUUUCAAAGGAAAUCAGUAAGGUUCUUUACGAGACAGUAAUUUCAGUAGGUAUACAACUUACUUUGUGUUGUAUACUCGUAUCUUUGCCAAGAGUAAAAAUGUAUGCCGUAAGUCGACACCUAUUAUUUUAUAAUUUAUUGUGGUUCCUUAAUCUUCUUACUUACUUUGAUGUUACUUCAAUAAAUACGUCCUACCGAUAAUUUCCAUUUUAAGGCUCAUCAAAACGUUAGUCCAAUGCGAAGAUUUCGAGUAUUCUUACGUAGAUUUUCUCCGGAAUCUGCGCGGCUGGCGUAUUCGACACCUCAGACACCUGAACCGUCUAAAUUUUAUCGCCGUUGGGAGUCACAUUAAUAUUCUGCAGCUCGAAUGAAAAAUACAUCGUGACGAAAUAGUCUUAUGAAACAAUAGAUUACGUUAAUUCAUUUUGCUUGAUUAUUUACGUCUUCUUAAUUUAAUGUAUGUGUCUUUCGCACCUAGAUCAAUGUCCUCUUUGUCGAUGUGUAUGCUUUUACAUUGCUAAAAAUAAGAAAAAAUAUACAAGGUAUGCUUAACAAUACAAAAGAGUACACGGCAAUGUCAUUCGAUUCGGAGGAUUAGUCCUCAUCUACCUCCAUUCUUUCUUCUUGUUGGUCAAUUUCCUCUUGCCGUAUCUUUCUGAUAAAAAAUAAUUUGUCGUAUUUGGAAAAUAUUCCAGAUGUUUGUUGACGUUUUGGCUUUUUGAUGUGAACUAGUUAUCUAGCUCCCUAUGUUAAGAUGUCGUUGAAAUUUCUACGAUGACAAUUGACACGUCUUGUUUAGUAGGAGUUCACUUCAUUGACUUCAGUAGAAAUGCUACAGUAUUCUUGCGCUGUAUUUGCUUUACAAGCUUUUUCAUUGAUAUGUUUCUAUUGAUUCGAUGUUUAAAUUCACCUUACCGGAACAAAAUUAUUUUUGAGCCACAUUGAUGCAGAUGUCUUUAUUUCCUAGCGCAAUGGCAUCAGUUUCUUCGAUCAACUCCAUUGGCGUGGAUUUUUUCAAUUGUUUGAAAAGAGUGAAGAAGGGCGGUAGAUGUUUGUUGACGUUUUGGCUUUUUGAUGUGAACUAGUUAUCUAGUUCCCUAUGCUAGAUGUCGUUGAAAUUUCUACGAUGACACGUCUUGUUUUUUAUUAAAUGUCACGACCGGGGCCCGACGUUCACAUUGAGUGAGUUGACUGCGAAUUCAAAAAAGGUAAACGAUAUACAAUCAUAACAAAUGAAGUAGGUAGAUAAUAACAAUAAUAAAAUGUAGUUAACAAAUAAAAUAGGUACUUGAUCAAAAAAUUCUUCUACGCUUUGGAAGAAUAAACCGAUCCUCUUCAUCGAGAGAUAAGGUUUAUAAAAAAAAAAAUAAUAUUCAAAUUAAAAAUGAGGAAAUUGUUGAGUGAAUCAAAUGGAAAAAUUUAAAGUAAAAAUGAUAUUAGUAAAAAUACAAUAAAAAAUUGGAAUUCUAUUUAGUAAAUUAAUUAAUAUCAAAAAAUUUAUCACUUUUCUUUAGAUACUGUUCCGGUUCAGGCGUAGAAAAUGUCCUGCGUAGAAACCAUCUUUUCUUGAACCGAAGACGCGAAUUGCAAUAACGCUAUCGAAUAUUUUUCACAUUAACAAAAUAUUAAAAAGACAGUAAGCGAUCAAAGCACGAUUGUAUACCACGAACUGUUGAACGAAAGUUUCACCAAUUAUUUAAUGAAAAUUUCCCGGACAAAAAAAAGGGUAAAUUAUUCGCUGUUUUUUUUUUCUCAAGUUUCGCAAGUUCACAGCAGAAAAAUGUAUUUGGCCCUCCUACUUGACUCUUGUUUUGGAAUCGAUGUUUGUGCAGUUGACUGCAUUAUACUCAUCACGCUCAAUCAUUUCAUAAAUAAGGCCUUUUUUAGUCCGAACACAGAAUAUGCCCUUCUUCACACCAACAUGGAUCUGUCCCUGCAGUUGGUAACAGUAAAGCUCCAAGGUAUCGACAGUGCCAUUUUUUUCGCAAAAAUUUUGUUUUUCGGUUCAGUACAGUUUCUCUUGCAGUCAUUUCUGAAACACUGAUGGGACACUUGAUUCUCUUGCAGUCAUUUCUGAAACACUGAUGGGACACUUGAUUUCAACAACAUUGACCAAGUUUUCAAAGUUGUCUUCGACUUCAUUUUUUAAAAAUAUGUACAUCGAUAUAUGUACGAGUAUAAUUCUUUUUUAAAAAAAAGAAGAAGAAGAAUCAUUAAUAAUCAAUCAGAUUUACUCAAAUUGUCGUAUUAGGAAAAAAUAACUCUUGCUUCUCAGUUUUUACUAUUUAUUAGUGCAAAGCUUUUCAAACACGAAGUGUUCAUCAUCAGGCUUAAAUCACUAUUGAACAAAAUAACUAAGUCUACAAGCUUAUAUACUAGUGUACAAGGGUUUGUGGCUUUUACCAUCUUUUCAUAUUUUCGUACCCCUUUUAUGUAGUGCCUUGAAAUAACAAGGUAGGUCUCAGUACCAGUCAAGCAUUUCAAAAAUGAAAGUAUAAGUAUUUUUUGUUACUCUUCUGCGAAAAAAAUCGAGAAUAUUAAUGUUUUUGUCAUCAUGAGGUGUAUUCAUUCUCUUUUUUCUCUCAUUUCACUAGGAAUAGAUCGAUUUCUUUCUAUUACAAAGUUAAAAAUUAGGUGACCAUCCUCAUUCUUUUCGUCUUUUCACUGGAUAAUAUGUCUUGAAUAAAGGGGCCAAGCUUCUGAUCAGUUUUAAUGCACUGGAGUAAGAUGGUCGAAUAAAUUUCAUGAAAAAUAAUUUGAAUUAUAAAUUACUUCGUAUGGAAUUAAUAUAAUAGGGUAAAUGUAUUGUAUAUAUUAUUCUGACAUUUGUUACAUUUCCCUUCAAAAUAUCGAAAUCGUGAUUCGAUUCGCCAACAAUUUUUUUUCAUUUUUCUCUCCAGCUCAAUAAACACCAAAAAAAAAAAAAAAAAUUACCUACUCAAUUACAUCCGCUCGAGGACGUAAAUGAAUAAUCGCAAUUAUUUCCUAGACUUCUUACAUUUUUUUCUCAGUGAAUUCUCAUGUUUCUACUCGUAUUUUGAAAGUUGAAUAGAGAAUAUUAGCAGGGUUUCUGUGGUCUCGAAGCAUUUAAAACGAAUACCUUAUUCAUCAGUCAAGAGUUUUCGCUCAUUUUACUUGUGUAGUCAUCAAUCUGCCUUUUCACAUAGUAGGCAGCAUUUCAAGAUUGCACAACAGUGAGAAUAAUGACAAAUUGUCUGUGUUGCGUUACCUUUGUUUUAGGCAAUCGCCUUUGAGAACAUUGUGGACACUGAAAUUGGAGAUAUGUAUUAACCAAUAAUCAGUGCUUAAAAACAUUAGCGUAGUCAUCGUAGAAACGAUAUCGAUGAACCAGAUGGUACAUGUUGAUCACAGCAACAUGAUUAUAUUCGAUAUAUAAACAGUUGUAACACAAUUAUACGAUGAAGUUUCAAGUUACUCAGGUAAUCUUGACUGAAUUCGUUAUAUGUACUUAAUAAUACGAGCUUCGAGCACUACAAAAACCAUCACUGCAUCAAUUCACGUUCAUAACUUGAGAAGAAAAAAAUACGAGCAGAAUUGCCAGACAAUAAUACGUUUAUCCUUCUCGGGUUGUAAACAACAGCCAUCUUUGCAAAUUAUGAUCUCCCCCUCCCCCUCGCAAAAAAACUGCAACUUCGGUUAUAACUAUUUUCUUGAAAAAAAAAGAAAUGCAUUUAGCCGCAUUACCAAUACUUAAGAUUAAAUUUAAUUAAUUAGAAUUAAUUGUUUUAUUAAAAUUUUAAAGUAAAUUUAUUUAAUUAAAUAAAUUAAAUCAAUUUUUUAUUAAAUUUAUAAAAAAAAUGUUGUAUUAUUAUUUAUUUUGAAAAUAAAAAAAAUAUUAAUACUUAAAUCAGAAAGAAAAAUUUAAAGUAAAAAUGAUGUUAGGUAGUAGAAAUAUAAAAAAAAUUAGGAAUUGAAUUUAUCAAACAAAUGCAAUGGAAAACAUUAUAUUAAAAAUCCUGAUUUUUUUAAUCCCGCCAAUAUUUUAAGCUAAAGAGAAAAUGAAAAUAAAAUUGACGGCUUCGUCCGAAAUUCUAUUUUGAUAUUUGCGGGACAUUAUCUGGGUUGAAAAAAAAAAGUAAACUGGGCGUAAAAAAUAUUUUGAAAAAAGAUGAAUUUUUGGUGUUGCAGUGAAACAGAUUUUUUCAGAAGGAAAAAUUGAAAAUGAAAAAGCAGGAAAAAAUGGAAAAGUCACUGUAUACCCUACAGUGGCUUUUGCCAUUUUUUCCGGCUUUCUUCAUGUUAAUUUUUCCUUUUGAUAAGCAACUAAUCAGACGAACAAACGAGGAAGAGUUGAAAAUAAUAAAAUGCAAGAAAGACGAAUAAGAAAAGGAUGACAGCAGCUCCAAUCUUUGACGGAUACACAUUUUCGAGUAAUUUGAAAAAAAAAAAAUAGAAAAGAUGGCGAAAGCCACAACGUUCAGUCAGUUUUUGGCUUUUUCAAUAAGAAAAUGUAGAAGAACGUUAUAACGAAGAAAGUGUUUUAAAAAAAUAAAAAGAUGGCAAAAGCCACAAAUUUUUGGCCGAUUUUUUUAAGACCGUAAAAAAUGAAGAUGAAAAAAAAAGAAAGAUGGCAAAAGCCACAACAUUUGGUCAAUUUUUGUUUGUUUAUUUUUUUUUCAAAUAAAAAUAAAUAAAUAAAUAAAUAAAUGGAUAAAUAGGUAAAUAGAAUGAAAAAAAUGUAAAAAAUGAAAAUAUAAAAAAAAAGAAAAGAUGGUAGAAGCCACAACAUUUGGUCAAUUAUUGAAUUUUUGGAAAAAAUAAAAAUGAAAGUAUAAAAAAAAAUAGAAGAUGGCAGAAGCCACAUCAUUCAGUUAAUUUUUGGCUUUUUAAAAAAGAAAUGUAGAAGAACGUCAUUAAAGUAAAAACGCUUAGAAAAAAUGGCAAAAAUCACAAAUUUUUGCCCGAUUUUUGUUUCUUUUUCAAAAGACCGUGAAUUAUUGAAAUGAAAAAAAAGAACAAAAACAUUUGGUUAAUUUUUGGCCUUUUUAAUAAAAAUAAAUGAAUAAAUCGACAAACAGGUAAAUAGAAUGAAAAAAUGUAAAAAAUAAAAAUAUAAAAAAAGAAAAAAUGCGUAGAAAAAAUGAAAAUAUGGCAAAAGUCACAAAUUUCUAGCCGAUUUCUGUUUCUUUUUUAAAAGACCGUGAAAAAUGGAAAUGAAAAAAAGAAAGAAAACAGUUGGUCAAUUUUUGGCCUUUUUAAUAAAAAUAAAUGAAUAAGUCGAUAAAUAGGUAAAUAGGUAAAUUGAAUGAAAAAAAGUAAAAAAUGAAAAUAUUGAAAAGAUGGCAAAAGUCACAAAUUUUCGGCCGAUUUUUGUUUCUUUUUUAAAAGAUCGUAAAAAAUGAAAAUGAAAGAAAAAGGGAAAAAAUUUGGUCAAUUUUUGACUUUUUCAAUAAAAAUAAAUAAAUAAAUAAAUAAAUCGAUGUAUAGGUAAGUUGAAUACAAUUUAAAAAUGUAAAUAAUGAAAAUAUAGAAAAAGAAAAGAUGGUAGAAGCCACAACAUUUGGUCAGUUUUUGGAUUCUUGGAAAAAAUGUAAAAAUGACAAAAUCCACAAACACUUCGUAAAUUUUUGGCUUUUUCAAAAGCAUAAAAAUAAAUACUGAAAAAUUUGAGUGUAAAAACAAUAAAAGAUGGCAGAAGCCACAACAUUCAGUUAAUUUUUGGCUUCAUCGAAAAGAAAUAUACGCAGAAGAACGUUAUCAAGAAAAAAAUGUAUAGAAAAAAUAAAAAGAUGGUAAAAGCCACAAAUUUUUGGUCAAUUUUUGGUUUUUUCAAAAAAAGACCGUGAAAAAUAGAAAUACUGUGUAUAAAAAAAAAAAGGAAAGAUCGCGUAAGCUACAACAUGGCUUUCCCUUCCCCACUUUUAAACUUGAUCGCAUGUGAGCGAAAACGAUUUUCCUGCACUGAUAUUCACACAAACAUGAUAAAAUCUUACCAAUUGAGCGAAAUAAUCUGCAUCACUUAGUUUCGUAUUGGAUUUUUCCAUUUCCGCUACCGAAGGUAUAAGCAAUUCCAAUUCCCUUUUCCAUGGUGUAAAUUUAACGAACGUUUUUCUAGGUGAUGAAACUGUUCGUGUUUGGCGGAUUUGAACCACAGAGUUCGAUUGUCUUCGUUUAAUAUCAGUAAAAAUUUUUUUAAAAACUCAGGACUGUAAGGUUAUCUUAUGGUAGCAAUUUUCAGGCCUUUUGGGGUCCAAAUUGAGAUCAAACAAAUUUUUUCCUUAGUCACAUAGGUACAGUUUCCUUGAAUUUGCAUAUACCAAUUUAUGGUUUGCAGAUAUAAUUCAGUUAUCUUGAACACAAAAAUCCACAUUUUCAUGCAAAUGCGCAUCGCGAGGUAAUCUGGAACCUGAUUUUUGUUUGUAACAGCAGGCCAUGUCUGCAGUACGUUUUGACUGAUGUACUUCAAGACAUUUGGUCGAAUAUUUUCCCCAGCUUUGAAUUACGUCAGUUCUACUCAAAAUGUCUUCCAAGUUUUAGACCUUGCGAAGGAAACUAAUACAAGCUUGAAAAUAUUAAAUCUUACCAAAGAUUAUAAUAGUAAGAGCUCACUCCAUUGACUUCAGCAGAAAUGCUACAGUAUACUUGCGCAGUAUUUGCUUUACAAGUACAGCAGCUUUCAUUGAUAUGUUUCUAUUGAUUCGAUGUUUAAAUUCACCUUACCUAUGAGGUUUACUUACAUGAAUGUGUUGCGCAUUUUUUUGUUUCCCAGCUUGAUGGCAUUAGCUUACGAUUAUCUUUUAUCGGGGUCAACGCACUUUUCCACGAGAUCAGAAAUAGUCAUUCCUCCUCAAACCUUUGUGGGAGGCCACCAAAAUUUCAAAUCAUGUUCUUCAUCGUAUUCCAUCCAGUUGAUAGGAAUGACAUGAGGCACUUUCCUCUUGUCACUUUUUUCUGAGUACAGCGCAAGUUCUGAGACGACAACAAAUUUUUUUGUAGGUUUUCCCAACAAAAGGUAUUGGUCAUUUUCAGCAUUUUCGCUGAAAAAUUAAUUAAUGUUGAAUAAAAAUAGGAAUAAGACUCAACUUUCGAUAAGUUUCGAAUCCGCAGUGUCUCUCUGCAUACAAAUGUUGCAUUAUAAUUACACUAACAGUUAUAAAAAUCGAAUAAAAUUUUGAACAUUAUGAAAAUACACAACGCAAACUUGCGAUUGCGCGACUUUUUAGUACUGCGAUUACUUACUACCUAUGUAGUACCUACGACUAAAAUAAGUAGGUAAGAGCGAUAUGGCAUAGCAUACGCGUAAACUGUACCUAUCAAAGUUCAAGCUUUAGCUGGACUUUUCUGGUGCAUGGAUGCUCAAUUCUGGAUGGCGUUUUCGAAAUAUUGUGAACAAUUUUUUUCAUCGUUUUUAUUAUAUAGGUAAUUUUUUUUAGAAACAAAUUCCAACUUGAAAAUUUUUUCAUGAAAAUCAAAUUUAAUAAAAUCAAAUACAUAUGUGAUACUAAAAUACAUGUUCAAAUAGAUAUCUAUCUACUAUCGAUAUAUGUGAAGUUUGAAAUGAAAAAUUAAACAUACUUACUUAGAUACAAUUUACGUUGCACCGUUUUCAUUUUCCAUUGUACUCGUAGGUACAAAAUAUCGCGAAAAAGUUUUACAAUGUGGUCAAAACUGACCACACGAAAUUUUCGACCAUGUUUCUAGGAGAGAAUGCAUAAGAUACGAAAUCCGCCUGCAGUAUCUAUGUACCCAGAUGAACAGGAUUCGUCUAUGUACAAUCUGGAACUGUCAUAGCUGGUAAAUGUUUCAUCGCAAAAUUGAAUGUUUGUACGAUUCACAGUUUAUUACGCCAGAUAAGAAAGAAAAUUUAAACAGCCGAUUUUCGUAAUUCAUUAGAAAUAAAUUUAGUGUUACAUAUUUCAUUUAGUAUACUUACGAAAAAUCGGUUUCAAAAACAUACUGUUUAUAAUAAAAUUAACCUAAAAAUACACACUUAGUAAAUUUUAUAUAAUACUCAUAAUUAUUCAAGUACUUACAGUUGUCGAAUUUUCAAAAAUGUAUCAUUAAGUAUCGCAAGUUUUGCAACCGCUGCCAGUUGAGGCGAUUUUUUGUUUUUGUUGAACAGCGUGUGAACGUACUGGCACGUCAACAAUGACAAAGGUACCUUUAUGUAAUAUUUUUCGUAAUGUAGGAAUUCCAAUGUGUACCUUUGCUUGUCGGCAUCGUAACUGGUAACCCCGAAGAUAUAUUUCUCGAAAUAUCGUCCUUCGUGUUCCCUUUUAGCAGGUUUCCGCGACAAAUACAUCAUCUUUCACACCGCGACCAUGCGUUAACCCUCCAACAGUUUUCAUGGUUUUCAUCAAGGUUUGCUCUAUUGUCAUAUCUGUUGGUAUCCCACCCUAAAUUUUUUAAGACUGGCCAAUUGUGAAAUAUUUCUUCAUGAAAUUGGUAAAUUCUGGUUCCAAUUCUGAAGCAUCUGUACAGAUACAAAUGUGCUGAUUUAGCAUAAAAGAAAUGACCACUGAAGCCAUACAUUCCAAGUGGUGUGCUCAGUUCCCAGAUCUUUCAGCCAUUAUGAAUGUUUUCAUCGAAGAUGCCACAGAGAAGUAUUGAGCCCUUAGUUGGGCAGUUUUUCCUUGAGUUUUAAUCUUUGCAAUUUGCUCACAAAACUUUGUAUGAAAUUUUACAUAUCGUAAGUCUCCUUUUCUGCAAUUGUGAGCGAAUCUGUAAAAAUUAAGGAACUAGUAAAAAUAAGUUCAUAUACUUAUUUAAGCUCUUUUUCAAUGGCAUUCAAUUCUUUCAUAAUGAUGCUUCCUAGAGCUUGAUACAUGAGAAAAUGCGCUCUUACUGCUCUACUGUAAGAGUGUCCAGUAAGUAGUUUUUCUACAGAGUUGAGAGCAAAAAUUUCACAUAGCGCUUCUUUCAAGCCACUUCCAGCCAUAAUAAAUCCAAUUGCUGCAAGAAAAGAUGAUAUUGUAUGGAAUCCUCCUAGUCUUACAAAAAUUUUGAUUUCAUUUUCAUUUAAGUAUACUACAGAUUAUGUGCUUCGAUCGACUUAUUCUAGUACAUUCUUUCUCAGCGUUUUGUAUCAGAAAUUGCAAAAAUGUUUUCAAAGUACGUAAAUGCCCGUUGCUUUAAACACAUAUUCUUUCUAUCUGCUGUUGAAGAAGUUGAACAAUUAUGAAUUUCUUUGGCCAUUUAUUAGAAUGAUUUAUUAUAUAAGAAUACUUACAUAUUAACCUACAAUAACAUGAAAACAUUAGUUUGCUUACAUAUGUAAUUUACAAAUAGUUACAAAAAUUCGGAGGCUAAGAUCCAAGUGAAAUCGUGAUGAUUAUUUCUUAAUCCUUUUCGCCACAGACCAUGCCACCGUUGUCGUUGUCAUUGACAUCAACGUCAAGUGUGGUACUUUUCCCUCUACAUUUACGUCUAUUGGCCACUUCCAUUUUUCAUUGGGUCUUAUUUUCACUAUUAACAAUAUUUGGAAUUUGUAAAUUUUUCUGUUUUUUAAACGUUUUAGUUUAAAAGAACAUUUAUUAGGGUAUAUAGAAAACAUUUUAUCGCAGUAUUAUGCUAAUUUCUUUUUCAGUUGUCCAAGUUCUUAUUCUUUAUUGCGAAUAUCAAUAUUUAGUUAUCGUUAUCGCACGGAAAAUGAAAAUUCUGCUUACUGAAAUAUUCAACUAUUUGCUAAAUGUUGGAUAAAAUGCAACCUAUUUUCGUGGUAUUUGGGGUAGGGAAGAAGUUGACGACACAUUUGCGCUAAAUUUACAGUAUUUUUUAAUGGAAAUACAAAAAGAGAACAAGUAAGGCCAAGCGGGGUAAUGGUGAACAUUUUUCAACAUUUUUCAAAGUGGGCAUUUAAAAAUUAAAAAAAAACGUAGUAUAAUAUUUCUAAUUAUUAUCAGGUAUAUACCAUCGGAUCAGUUAUAAGUUCUGCUAUCCUAUGGCGUUGGAAAAAUUACAUAAUAUUGAUUGAGUGAAAAAUACCAGUGUGUUCACUAUUGCCUCAGGCGUUUUCACCAUUACCCUGAAACUUGGGGGUAAUUGUGAACAAAUGAAAACAAAAUUAAAAUUUGUAUUUUUUAUGUUUAAAUCGCAAAUAAAUAUACGUAGUCUUCAUCAAGUACUCAAAUAGAAUAUAUGUAGAUGGUUUGCAAGAAUAUUAGAAUCCAUAAGCUCUCAAACAUGUUUCACAGGAUCAGGUAAACUGGCCAAUAUUUAUCUAAAAAAGUGCUUUUGUACUUGUCUGACACUUGAGGAUAUUUGUAGACGAAACCAAAGUGCAUCUUGGUGAAUGCUGGCCUGAGAAAAUUUCCUGUCAAUUUUCCAUUUUGUGCCCUUAACAACUGUGCAAUGAAGUAACGUGCUGGUGGUUCUUUUUCUACACUAUAACAAUUAGCCAUUGCCCAACUUAUAGAUAUAUUUUUUUUGGUUUUCGAAUAAUAUUUUCCUUGUUGGCAGUUUUCUUCAGGGAUCAAUUUUUUGGAAGGGUUUUUUCAAUGGCAGGUUUGAGUUUUUGGCUCAUUUUCCCGAACAAAAAAAAAAAUGCAAAAUUUCUACAAUUAUAUGUACCUAUACCCAAAACUUUAAUUUUCAAACUCACUUUCAUUUCUUCAGAACUUGAAUUCAACUUUUGGCAAACUUUAAAUAAGAUUCUGUGCAUCUAAUCUCCCUCUUUGAAGUUACAUGGUAACCAAAGUAUAAGUGAUUACGUUAUACCUCAGCUAUCCAUGUUUCAUUCAUUAUCACUUAUUGUCUAUAAUCGAGAGUAUUGGAUAUUUACUAUUUACAAUUUAUCAACAUAGGUGAUCGUAUGGAUUACAGCCCGAUUUCCUUUAGUCUUUUCUCUAUCUCCAUCGCUUCCGGAAUUGGAAUAUACUUGUAGGAAACGAUGGUCCCCUGUAAAUCGACUUUUACAAAUAAACGCUUCCAGAUUCCAUUGAUGUUUUUCUCUCGCGUUGUCGGAAAGUAAAGACAUACGUCCCCUAUUAUUUCAAUUACCUCCUCUGGAUCUUGAUCGAUUUCCAUUGCUGUUGUGGUUAAACAUCGUUAUUAAUUUCUAGAAACUUUAAUUUAAUAUCUUGGAGGAGUGCAUGUCCUGAGUAGUAGGAAUAUACCAAUACCACGACGGGACUAGUUAGUCCCUUAGUCCACUGGACUAUACUCCAGACCCCCUAGGACCAGUAGUCCAUUACCCUAUGGACCAUAGUCCAUACGUGAAAUUCGCGUGAAAAUCGGCAUUUUUCCAUGGAAUUUUCCGAAAAACUUCGAUUUUUCCAUGAAAAUUACGAUUUCGGCGAAUGCUAAUCUGGACUAUGGCCUCAGACUAUAGUUGAAUAGUCCAUAAGACUACACCAGCCUACUCUGAACUGCCUAGUCCAGAGUAGAGUGGACUACCUAGUCUAGAGUAGAGUUGACUAGCAUUCGCCGAACUUGUAAUUUUCAUACAACCCCCCCCCCCUCGCUUGAUCGCACCUGAUCACAUGAGAGAAAGUCAUUAAAAAAAUUAGCACCAGAAAAGAUUAAAAAAUUCAUUUGUCAACUGAUAGGCGCCACUAUAGUAUACUUACCUGGGAUAGUCAUUUGCCACCUUCAUUUGUCAGAAAAAUCAUUAAUCUAGUUCACCUACCUAUGCAUUCACACAUCUAUAUAAACUGACGAGCCAAAGGAAUAUCUGCUUUAGUUGAGUUGUGAUUUCAGUUGAUCGUUGGUGUAGUAGUUCAAACCUUAAGUGCUGAUUUUUUUUUUCAACAAGUAAUUCGAACCUUGAGUGAUAAAUUUUUUCAAUAAUCUGCUAUUUUUUUCAACAAGUAUUUCAAACCUUGAGUGUUAAAUUUUGUCACCAAUCUGUAAAAUGGUUUUUAAUUGUGAAAAGUGUAAUAAAAAUUUCGCGAACAAAAGUAAUUUAAACAGACACAAUAAAACAGUCCAUAGUGAUGUUAAAGUAGUUGCUAGAUGUUGUGAACUGUGUGGCUCAACAUUUUCGCGGAGUGAUUUAUUUAAUCAACAUAUGUGUGAACAUCAUCCAGAAAAGUCUAUCUUCCUUUAUGAGGUUGAAUGUGAAAUUUGUCAACGAAAAUUUUCAAGUCAUUUUGCACUGAAAUGUCAUGCAGUAUGGCAUAAACGUGAUAAAAUUGACAAAUCUGCAGUACCCUUAGCUCAAUCAUCAACUUUUUCUGCAGGGAUCACAUCAAUACCAGUAGUGAGCAAUCCAAUCAAUACCAAUGGGAACCCAUCAAGCUCAUCCUCCGAAGUUCCGCAAUUUUCUGCUCAAGCAGUAGCCACUGGUGACCCAAACCCCCCUCCAGCAAAAAAAAUCAAAGUGGAUGUUCAAAACAAAAAUUCUACUCCAACAAAGAUAAUGUGCCCAAUAUGUAAGGUUGAAGUAGAAAAAGAGAAAUAUUUGGGGCAUUUGAAAUCACUAGCCCACAAAGAUAAAAGUGAACGAAUGUGUACUAUUGGGCUAGGAGCUGCAACUACUACCCCUGUGAAUGCAAUGAAGGCAACACCAAUGACAUCAAACGAUACCAGCAAUAAUUCUGAUACCAGUAUUGGCCUUGGAGCUUCAACCACUACCCCUGUGAAUAGAAUGAAGACAACACCAACAACAUCGAAGGAAGUGAAAUGCAAAGUGCUUUUAAAAGAAGAAUAUGCUCGUUUAGAAUUAGACCUACUGCUGAUUUUAUUGAAGGGAUAAGGGAAUUUAUGAAUGCUGUCACCUCAUACGUUUCAAAAAUUUGUUCUGAAAUUUCUCAAACACAUGAAAAUUUUAAAUAUAAUUUAGAACUUUUUGCUAAGUAUGUGAAACAUCCAGACAUUGAAGACAUCAAAUCCUUCAACACAAAAAAUGUGAUUUUCAAUUCCUCAACAUCAAAUUUUUGUGAGCAAUAUUCAGACUUUCAAAAUGUAAUUGAUUCAAAAAGUGAAGAAUUCCAAGGUAAAGGAUCAGGGUGGAUGCUAAAAAACGUACAGUUUUUGGAAAUCAACUUCAACAAAUUUAACCCCCUAAAUGCCUCCUCCUUCAUGCCAUUACCUCAAUGGUUGGAGAAAAGAAAAGCUGUUCUCAAUAUCAGGAAUGUGGAUAAUGCAUGUUUUGCCUGGUGUAUUGUUGCUGCUCUCUCAAAUUUACAACAAAUUCCUCAACCUAAUCGCCAGACUUCCUACACACAUUAUUCAACAUUUCCUGGUGUUAAUUUCCAAGGUUUAACUUUCCCAAUGAAAUUGACUGAUAUUCCCAAAUUUGAAGCUCUAAAUCCUGAAAUAAGUGUAAAUGUUUAUGGUGUUGAAAAUGAAUCGGUUUGUGGUCCACUUUAUUACCGACAAGUUGAAAAAAGUCAUCACAUUAAUUUACUAUACUUGAAAAAUGAUUCUGGUAAUAGUCAUUAUUGCUUGAUUAGAAGCAUGAGCCGCCUGAUAUCAAGGCAAAUCAAUCAGGAAGGUCAUGAAAAAAAAUUUUGUGAUGGAUGUCUUUUAUGGUUUUAUGACUGGAGAAAAUUAGAGGAACACAAGAAAAAUGAUUGUAAUCACGUUAGAACAUUUAUGCCAUUUGGGGAACGAUCUUUUAUCAAAUUCAAAAAUAUUUCUAAAAUGUUAAGAGUCCCGUUUGUUAUUUACACAGAUUUUGAAGCAUUUUUGAAACCGUUUUCCUCGUGCUUUAAUGAUCUAUCAAAAUCAUUCACUGAGAAAAUUUCAAUUCAUCAACCAUUUAGUUUUGGCUAUUAUAUCAAAUGUUCAUUCGAUCCCAGUUUAGAUAAAUUCAAUUUAUAUCGUGGUAGUGAUUGUGUGAAAAAAUUUUGGGAAGAAAUUCAAAAGGAGGUAGAAUGGAUACGACCCCAUAUGCUGACUAGUAAGCCGAUGAAUUCGUUAACACCUGAACAAAAGGAGAGUUUUGAAAACGCCUCUUGCUGCUAUAUUUGUAACAUGUCAUUUUCUAUUAACGAUGUCAAAGUUCACGAUCAUGAUCACUACACAGGAUGCUAUCGAGGCCCUGCUCACUCUGUCUGCAACCAACAACUCAAACGUCCUUGUUUCAUCCCAAUUGUGAUACAUAAUUUGAGUAACUAUGAUGCCCAUUUUCUUAUUCCUGAAAUUGGUUAUAAUGAUGAAAAAGUUGAUCUAAUACCUUGUACGAAAGAAAAAUAUAUUUCGUUUUCAAAAAGCGUGCAGGCAUAUGAUCACAAUGAUGAUGAAGAUGAUGAGAUCGGUGCAGGUACGACAUAUGUAAAAAACUUGAAAAUUAGGUUCAUAGACUCUUGCAGGUUCAUGGCAUGUAGUUUAGAUAAGCUUGCAAAAAAUUUACAAUCAGAUCAAUUGGAAACCCUCAGGACUUGCUUCCCAAACGAGCCAUAUAAAUUUGAAUUAUUAAAGGAGAAAGGUGUCUUCCCUUAUGAGUUUGUUGAUUGUGAGGAUAAAUUGGCUCUUGAUUCUCUUCCAUCACAUGAUCAGUUUUAUUCAAAAUUAGUAGGUUCUAAUAUUUCAGAAAUGCAAUAUAAACAGGCUGCAAAGGUUUGGCAAGAAUUUAAAUGCAAAAAUUUAGGUGAAUAUUCAGAUUUGUAUUUGAAAACUGAUGUUCUGUUACUCACUGAUGUUUUUGAAAAUUUCCGAAAUAUUUGUUUGAAAACUUAUGGUUUAGAUCCUGCACAGUACUAUACAGCGCCUGGACUUAGCUGGGAUGCGAUGUUGAAGCAAACAAAAAUUUCUUUGCAAUUAUUUAGCGAUGUAGAUAUGUUCUAUUUCAUAAAACAAGGUAUUAGAGGGGGAUUAUCUCAAUGCUCAAAACGAAUGGCAUCCGCUAAUAAUAAAUAUAUGUCCAAUUACGAUCCUUCCCAACCCUCCAGUUAUCUUGUGUAUUUAGAUGCAAACAAUUUGUAUGGAUGGGCAAUGUCUCAACCAUUACCUACCAAUAAUUUUAGGUGGCUGAAAAGUUAUGAAGUGGAGUACUUCAAUUUAUCUACAAAAUCAGACGAUUCUUGUGUAGGUUACAUUCUUGAAGUAGAUCUGAUUUAUCCAGAAAAUUUACACAAUUCCCACAAAGGCUAUCCAUUUUGUCCUGAAAAUAUCAUUCCCCCCAACAAAACUUCGAAACAUCCCAAGCUUAUUGCAAAUGUUCAAAAUAAAUCGAAGUAUGUUAUUCAUUACCGUAACCUGAAGCAGUGUUUAAAACAUGGUCUGAAACUUGUCAAAAUCCAUCGAAUCUUGGAAUUCAAUCAAUCACCUUGGUUAAAAACUUACAUCGACCUUAAUACAUCAAUGCGUGCCCAAGCAUCAAAUGAAUUUGAAAAAGAUUUCUAUAAACUUAUGAACAAUGCUGUUUUUGGGAAAACUAUGGAGAAUGUUGACAAACGAGUCGAUGUGAGGUUGUUAACACACUGGGAGAAUCGUGGAAGGAAGUGGGGUGCACAGCAUUAUAUAAGCUUUCCAAACUUUCAUAGUAGCAGUAUUUUUAAUGAAAACCUAGUAGCUGUGCAGAUGAACAAAGUAAAGGUGGUAUAUGAUAAGCCUAUUUAUAUAGGAUUUUGUGUUUUAGACUUGGCCAAAUAUUUAAUGUACGAUUUCCAUUAUGAAUAUAUCAUACCAAAGUAUGAUACCCGUGUUGAGCUCCUGUACACGGAUACUGAUUCAUUAAUUUAUGAAAUCACCACAAAUGAUUUUUACACUGAUAUAAAAGACGACAUUGAUGCAAGAUUUGAUACAAGUGAAUAUCCGAUCAAUAAUCGUUAUGGUUUACCACAAGUCAAUAAAAAAGUGGUUGGUAUGUUCAAAGAUGAAUGUAAGGGUAAAUUAGUAUUACUGUUUUUAGGUACUAAAGCUAAGUCGUAUUGUUAUGGUGUUGAAGAUGAAUUAAAAAUACAAAAAAUUGUUAAAAAAAUUAAGGGAGUUAAAAAAAAUGUGGUAGAAAAUGAUGUGACAUUGGAUGAUUUUAAGAAUUGUUUAGAGAAUAAAGUGACUAUUUAUAAGCAAAUGUAUAAUUUUAGAAGUUUUAAACAUGUCAUUUUUACACAGUUAUUGAAUAAGAUUGCUUUAACUUACGAUGAUGAUAAGCGUUUCAUCAUACCAAACUCCGAGGAUACUUUACCUUGGGGUCAUUGUGAUAUUUCAAAGUAUUUAUUACAGGAAAAUAAUGAUAGCUGAUACUCAUUUGUUCUUACUUGUGUGUUUUGUAAUAAAGUGUGUUAUUGAAGUAAAAAUUGUGUUUCCUCAUUAAAAAAGAACAAGAGAUAAAGUUCCAAGAUUUUUUAUUGAAAUAC